AUUUUUGGCCUGAACAAUGUUGAUCCAGUCCCUUUUACUCUAUCCACCUCUUGCCAGUAUCUCUCUCCACCUCCAAUGUUUUAUUGCUAUUUUUCCUUCCAGGGACAUGUCAGACUGAGACUCUAGGAAGAGAAUUCAUCACCUCCUACAUGGACGACUGUGGGAACUCUAGUCAAUUUGAAGUACAAAUUACUGGCUACUUUGCCUUCACUUCAGUGUCUGUUUCCAUCUCCAAUUACACGGGUGAUGGGGGAAGGUUUCAGGAGAAGAUUAUGGUAAAUCAGGGAGAGAUGGUGCGGGUCAGCCUACCAGAGUCAGUGGGAAUUAAGGGCACUACCAAUUUCUCCAAUGUGGUCCUAGUCAAGGCUGACAAAGAUAUCUCAGUAGUGUCCGUCAGCAACAAACAUGUGAGCCCUGAGAGCACUGUGCUGUAUCCUGUCUCCAGCUUGGGAAAUGAACACUACAUAGUGACUCCCUCUACAGAAUCCUUAGAUAGUUACCCAGAGUUCUCUGUUAUGACAUACGAAGACGGCAACCUUGUGACGGUCCAUGUGGAAGGCAAGUUACGUUAUGAAACAGAGGUCUACUCCACUGGUGACACACUGAAAAUUAUACUCCUUCCUUUCCAAGGCUACCAGUUACAAGGCAUAGCAAAUGUGUCUGGCACCAGGAUUGUCUCAGAAAAGCCAGUGGCUGUCUUGGUUGGCCAGGUGUGUUUCUGUACUAGCACAAAAUGCAACCAUGUCUUUGAGCAGCUCCUACCAGUUUGCAGCUGGGGUACAACAUACAUCAUUCCUCCCUUACCCUGGCAGAAAGUAGAUGAAAUAGUCUACAUCACUGCUUCCCAGAGCACAAUUGUGUUGUAUCAGCUAGGGGAACAGGCAGAGACUGUUACUCUAGCAGGAGGCAGUGUACUCCAGCGUCCUGUCAAGCCCUCGAUCCCAGUCUACAUCUCUGCUAAUGUGGGCAUCCAGGUGGUGUUCUACAGCGUGGGCGCAGCUCUCCCUAAUUCCUCCCACGCCUUUCUGAUGAAUGUUCCAGAUGUUGCCAGUUACUGCCGGAUGUAUUCUAUAAAUGCCCAGGAGGGCUUCGAAAACUUUGCCUUGAUGGUGGCCAAUACAUCAGAGACUGGCGCCAUCAUCCUAGACAAUCAGCCUGUAAGGGAUGUGGUGUGGAACCGAGUCGCUGGCACUGAGUUCGUUUGGAGCAUGCAUAUGCUUGCACCUGCCAUCAGAUCCCAUGCUGUGGAACAUCCCAGCUCUCCGUUUGCGCUCCUGAGUGUUGGCACUGCCGCCAUGGACAGCUAUGGGAUUCCGGGUUCCUGCAGGAAGAAUGUUACCUUUAAAUGCCAGACUGAGACUCCACAGAUACAAGAGCAGUUGGAGAUGUGCAAAGAUGUCUUUCUGCAGGGCAUCAACAGUGAAUUUUGCUCCUUCAUGAAUUCAACCUUAGUGAAUUUGGAGACCAUGUGUGCCCAGGACAGAGCAGUAUCGCUGCAGGAAGUUGCUGGCCCCUUUGGUUCCUUCUUGAAUAGCUCCACCCUCAGUGCUGGUGGGAACGAGAGCAAGAGGGAGGUGGCCUCUGCCGUGAUGUUCCUCCUGCAGAGUGUGGAAUUGGCUGCACUGACUGCUGCUUUGAAGUCUCCAGAGAUGAAGACCCAGAACAUGACAACAGAGUCUAUGGCUAUCGAGACGCUCCUCGUUGUCCCGACUGCUGGUCCCUGUGAUGAGGUCUUCAGGCUGAGAGCUCAGGAGGAGACAAUGGACAUUCACUGCGAUACGGUCACCAGAGCAGCCACAGAAGAUUCUUGGGCUGUUGCUUUUAUUUCUUACUCCACCCUGGACUCCAUCAUGAACAAGAGAUUUCUCAAGGGGGGAGAUCUAAUGGCUGAUGAGAAAUUGAGGAAUUUUCACCUGAAUUCCAGGGUGGUGAGUGGGGCUGUCGGAGAUGGGAGGUUCAUGAACCUCUCCAAACCCGUGAACUUCACCCUGAGCCAUAGACAGGCAAAGAAAGAGGAGGAAGAGACUCUCUGCAUUCACUGGAAAUUCAUCACUGGGAAAGGCACCUGGUCUCCAGACGGCUGCACCACUGUGCACACGAACAGCACUCACACCAUUUGUAGCUGUAACCAUCUCUCCAGCUUCGCCCUCCUUAUGGGUCACACCGGAGUGGAGGAGAGUGACCCACUGAGCAUCAUCACCUACGUGGGACUGACCCUCUCCCUGCUGUGUCUCCUCCUCGCCAUUCUCACCUUCCUCCUGUGCCGCUCUAUCCGCAAUGUCAGCACCUCCCUUCACCUGCAGCUCUGCCUCUGCCUCUUCCUGGCCGACCUACUCUUCCUCACCGCGGUGACCCGCACCGGCAGUCAGGUGGUGUGUGCUGUUAUUGCUGGCUUCCUACACUACCUCUUCCUGGCCUGCUUCACCUGGAUGUUCCUGGAGGGGCUGCACCUCUUCCUCACCGUCAGGAACCUGAAGGUCGUGAAUUACACCAGUGCCAGCCGGUUCAAGAAGAGAUUCAUGUACCCAUUCAGCUAUGGAUUCCCAGCCUUGGUGGUGGCUAUUUCAGCAGCAGUGAAUCCUGAAGGCUACGGAACUUCCAAACACUGCUGGCUCAGCCUGGAGAAAGGCUUUCAUUGGAGCUUCCUGGGUCCAGUCUGUGCCAUAAUCCUGAUAAAUUUAACAUUUUUUCUUGUAACCCUCUGGAACCUGAGAGACAAACUCUCCUCCCUUAAUGAAGAUGUGUCCACUCUCAAAGACACCAGACUACUGACUUUUAAAGCUAUCGCCCAGCUAUUCAUUCUGAGCUGCACGUGGAGUCUUGGUUUCUUACAAGUUGGCUCAGCAAAAAUGCUCAUGGCGUAUUUAUUCACCAUUGUCAACAGCCUGCAGGGAGCCUUCAUCUUCCUGGUGCACUGUCUCCUCAAUCGCCAGGUGAGAGAGGAGUACAGGAGAUGGAUUAAAGGCACAAGAAAAACCAGCCCCACAACUCAAAAUUUUACUCUGUCCGUGUCCACUGUCACUAUCAGCACCAAGAUGGUGAGUUGGGGAGAGCCCUCCACUUCAUCUCUGUGAAACAGUCACCUCUCCAACCAGCGAUGUUGAUCAUACAGCCGGCUUUGCUGUGCCAGUGGGGCAGGUGCUUCAGCUGCCAUUCUUCAUCACAACUACAUACACAACCUGGAAGGGGAAGCAGGAUAGGACAAAAUCCACAACUCCUGAAUUCAAAGGCCACCCUAGGCUUGUAGCUGGGUGUCUCUCCCAGAUUUAAAGGGCCAGAUGCCAGGUUCAGAGAGCAGUUAUUUCUUAGAGAAAGCACACCAUGCGGGAGGAGGGGAGUGAUUUGCAGAGCCCUCGCGUGUUAUGUGUGUGAGUUAGCUCUGCAGGUUCACUGUAAUGAGUAAAUAAUAAAAUAACCUGCUUAUGGACCUUUGUUGCGUCUUUGGUUUGAGGGUUUGUUAUCACGGUCGGCCUGUCCUGGAAACCUUGGGCCCAAUUCUAAAGCCUCUUUAUGCCAAUCUGGCAGUGUAAAGGGGCUUUAAAAUGGGCAGAAAUGGCCCUGUGAUUAGCCCUUCUGUGCAGGAGUCCUUCCUGGCUGCUGUAGAG